AUGUUCUUGCCGAAACAAAUUCAGGAUUAUGUAAAAAAAUUGAGAGGACCCCUUAAUCAAUUAUCGUCCUUCUCAAUAUCUGGUCUAAAUGAAAUACUCUUAGAUAAUUAUAUUGAUGCUGAUCUUCAAGAGUUCCUAUGUCCUUUAAAUCUCGGGCAUUACGUAUUAUUUUCUCCGAAAUACAGCAUUCGUUAUAACUUUAUAACUAGUAAUAGCUGUACUGCUAAUUGUUUUUCUCUUUUCUAUACAUUUAGUUUUAUGAUGUUAUACACAUCACAUGAGGUUUUGGAUCCAAAGCUAAAAUAUCUUAACUCUAUUAUGUUGUCGGCUACGAUUUUUAAUUUCCUUGUGUACUGUAUAGGGUGUGGUCAAAAUUCUAUUUUGAACAUCAUUCAGUCCAACACACAUGUGAAUUUGAUUUUAACUGUACAAAAAAUACACAAAUCUUUCAAACAUACAAAUAUCUGCAAGAGCUUUGUAAUCGGUAACUGGAUAUUUGUAAUCACUCUUCUUACAUUCUAUAUUGGGUUAGCUGCUAUAGAAACCUUCGUAAGAAAAUUGGGCUCAAAUUGUAUCAGCUAUGUGCCUGUAUUAAUCACUGACUUCAACAUUAUUUACAAAAUUCGAAUGGUUAAAUUAUUGAGGUAUUAUACAGUUUCAUGGACAUCUGAACUGAAACGUAUUAAUCAAUUGGAAAUCAAUUCUACACAUGAUAUUUACACUAUUUCGUAUAUUGCUCACUUUUGCGGUUGGCAACUAAAACAACCUAGACGGCUCUUAGGCAGAAACGAAUACUACGACAUAAUGAUUUAUGAUGAUGAAUAUAAAAUUAAACGCAAUAAAAGCCCAGAAAAGCGGAUAGCAUACAAACGUUUGCGACGAGCGUGUAAUUUGGCUUGCAAAAUAAUGAAAACUGGGAGUUUCGUUGAAGCAGAUGCCACACUACCUUUAAGUUUGUUGUCUCUUCUGGCCAACUACGUAGUUGUACUAUUACAAUUUGCAUUACUGUAG